ACUAACGUCAAUGGUGUCUAGAAGUCAAAAUUUGCACGCACUCAAAAAGUAAAAACCACGCUUCUAAAUUAUGAUAAAUUUCCGUUUAAAAUUAAUACUAAUAUUUAGUAAAAGAUAUAAAGGUAUUGCAUACGAUAUCUUAAAUUAUUGUUUUAUUUUAUUGCAUAAGCUCAUAUAAUUUGUCUAGAACCAUUUUCACAUGUUUAGCUGAGUAGGAAAAAUUGCAUCGAGCUGUAUUAUCUUGCGAUUUUUUAUACUUUUCUGUUGAUAAAAAUAACAAAAUGAAUAACCAAACUCGUACUUUGCAAGAACGAAUUAAAAAUAAUUUUAUCGACAAUGGCAUCGAUCAGGCUAAAAUGAAAAUAAAAACAAAGCUUAGAGUUACUCGUUCAUAUCCUUUUAAUGCUGAUUACCAACUCGUAUCUUAUCCAGAAAGUUUAUCUCUUAUAAAAAAAUCAGAAGUAAACAUUGCGACCAAUUUUUUUAGAAAAAAUGACGGAGAUGGGGCCUCAUUGCAACCUGUCGGAGAUACAUACCAAGAAGUCAAAAAAGUAAAACUAGGGCCGACGCGUUCAUGUCCGUAUUACAAAAAAAACUCGCCAAUGUGUUUUAACCGUAACACAAGCUUAACUGAAUUAAUAUUGCCUAGCAAAAUUGAUUCAAAUAUUUAUUAUUGUAACUUUGAAACGGAUGAUCGUUCCAUGGUCGUCACUAAACAACCCACAAAUUACACUUCUAUAAACUAUAAAACAGAAUAUUAUUCUAAGCAGUCGUCACUUACCUCUUGCUUAUACUAUGCAAAAAAUGUUGUGUCAUGCUGUACAUGUUUUUGGUGUCUCGAAGCACUUUGCUAUCAUUGCGUUUCAAAAGAUGACAUUGGAAGCAACCACAUUGUAAAAAACGCUUUAACUAUAAAAGGAUCAAAACUUAAUCAUGCAAAACGUUUGGCAAUAUGUUUUUCUUGCCUUCCAUUUUUUCCAUGUCUAGGUUUGUACCCUAUAUUAAAUGGUUUAUUAGAUUACUGUAUUGAUAAAAGCAACAACAAAUCUUUCUAUCAAUAAUACCUUUUGUUUUUUUAUUCUACAAAAUAAAGUGCGAUGCAAUAAUGAACCUGAAUAAUGAAAUAGUAAAAAUACUCAAACGGAACUUGUUUAAUGACUAUCUGAUAUAUUAAUGAUUAAAUGCACCAUCAUUAAUGAUUGAAUGCACCAUCAAUAACAAACUAUUAUUACAUUUCAAAGCACAAUUGAAACCAUAAUUCAUGAUUAUUAAUAAUAGAGUCGUUAUAGAUUCAGAGACAAAUUCAGUCUAAAACUAGGCAAAGACGUCAAACGGUCUUCAAAUGAUUUUUUCAAGAUGUUACCGCAGUGUGAUCUUUCAUUUUUCUAAUUUUGAAUGAAAUUUCGGAUUAAAUAACUUAAAAAUUUAUUUAAAAAAAAUAUUCGAUUUAUUAGAGAAAAAUUUUGUAAAUAAUAUAUUAAUAAUUAUGAUUUUUUUAAAGCAAUGUUCAUUAAAUAAUAAAUCGGUUUCCUAAACAAUGAGUUAGGAUUUUUUUAAAAAUAUAUCA